AAUGUGCGCCGGCAUGACGGUCUUUACCAGUGCCAGGGUAUGUGCACAAUACCGUAAUGACGUUGUGCGCUUAAAAGAUGGCUUCGUCGUUUUGGAAGGCUCUGGUCCUUGUAGGUCUGCUGGCUUUAGCUCACGCAGCUUUCUCGGCAGCUCAGCAUCGGUCUUACAUGCGACUCACAGAGAAAGAGAAUGAAACACUACCGAUAGACAUUGUCCUGCAGACUUUGUUGGCCUUCAUAGUGACCUGUUACGGCAUAGUCCACAUUGCUGGGGAGUUCAAAGACAUGGAUGCCUCAGCAGAGCUAAAAAACAAGACAUUCGACACUUUGAGGAACCGCCCUUCCUUUUAUCUGUUUAAUCACCGUGGCCGGGUUCUCUCCCAUUCUCCUGACCAAGCCUCGUUCAUCCCCUGCGCCCGGGCUCUGCCAGCCAACCCUGUGAGGUUACGCAAGCUGGAGCCCCUGCACCACUGACUUCUGUCUCUCCAUCUCCCACCUUCUCAUGUUUCUAUGUACAGCUGUGAGAAAUAUGUCCAAACAAAAAAUGUACUGGUCUUGGCUCUCGUAAGACACCCCCCAGGUGGUACUCUGUUUGCCUGUGAUCCUUAUUACAUUUUAAUCACAAUGCAGUAGGUGACCUUGGACUGAACCACUACCUGUAUUUAUGGGGGUGAUUUCUUGGGACUUUUCCUCCCCAAACCAUGAACAAGAAUUUUUUUUAACCAUUUCUUGCCGUAAUAAGCAGACUCCGAUGCCUUUUUGUCUUAUGCAGAGUUCACUAAAUACUAAUGCUGAUGUUUGUGAUUGGAAGGUUUUUUUUCAUUGUACUCUACACAAAGUCAUGUUAGGUUACAAGUUGGCUUUAACUUGAAUGCGAGCUGUUGUGCAGGAGUUGGAUAUGUAGUAAAGCAGGAAGCUGUAGCAUAGGAUAUAUGUGUGAUACUGCAAAUAAACUGAAAUCAACUAUGGAGAACUACAGUAUACAUAGGGCACAUGUUGUGUAUUUUAAAAUCGUGUGAAAAAUGUUAAUUUAUUAUGGUUUUGACUGCACGUUAGCCUUAAUUUUUCAUUUGUUGACCGUUUCUAAAGAGGAAUUCUACUACAUGUACAUAAACUUCAUGUUUUCUCUUGCCUAGUAAUAGUCUGAACCACGUCAUUUUCUGUAACUAAUAAAAAUGAAAAUACAUUUUGUAUUUUUA